AUGUCUACUUCUACGCCAGUAUCUCCAAUUGAACAUUCAAAGAGGUCCAAUCAUUCAUUUCUAUCAAUCGAAAUGAUUCAGGAAAAAUUUUCGCCUAAAACGAUUAAAGAUUUCAAGUUUGCUCUAUCUGGUUCAAUAGUAAUGAUCUUAAUUUUGUUUCAUUAUGCUUGGAUCAUGAAACGUUUAAUUAUGAAUCGAUACUUAUCCAUUUGGUGGAUAAUUACUUACUUUGGUAUAUUUGGUGCAAAUGUUUUAACUUUAGGGUAUGUUUUGUUAUUUGUUCUUUAUCCAAUAAUUUACAAGGAAGAAAUAGAACAGGAUAGAAUACCUAAUAGUAAGAAAGAAGAAUAA